AUGAACUCUUUGGAUCGAUUCGGUGAUGAUUUGUGCGAAGAGUUGUUGUCUUAUCUCUCACUCGAAGACAAAUUCAGAUUUGAAUGCAUUUCAAAACAGUGGCGAAGAGUUGUCUUCGAGAGUCAAACGGUGGUAACAAUUGAUGGCAAUACUGGCCGAUGGUUUCAUCCAAUGUUAGGCCGAGUUUCGAAGGCGGAGUUGAAGAGAAAAAUGGAAUACAAACCAACAAUUGAUUAUCCACUCGAAGACACAGCCAUUGAAUUACUGGUCAAAUAUUGUUCUCAUUUGACGACAAUAUACAUGAACUUCAAGAACAUUAGUGUCGAUACAAUUGAUAAGUUUUUCACUAAAUUUGGUCCGAAAUUGAAAUCAGUCAAUGUUUUCGGCUUUAAUGAAAGCGUGGAUCAGAAGUGGAUCGAGAAAUGGCUAAAAAUGUGUGUUAAUAUGCAGUCAUUUACAAAUAAUGACCGCCCGUUAUAUAACGUGAUGAUACAAUUGGUGCCCAAAAUCCCAGUGCUAUUUAAGCGACUCAAUAGUAUUCGGUUAGAUGUGCACACUUUGGAUGAAGAUAUCAACGGACUUAUGACAGCAUUGGAUGUGUUUGCGGACAAAUACGGCCAUCAAAUGAAGACAAUUGGGUUAAUAGUUUGGUCCAGUAAUGCAGUGAUUAUCGAUGCAAUACUCACUCAACUGAUGGACAGUUUGCCGCGAAUGCAGACAUUGAUUAGCUUUGAACUGUCGUUUACAGCCGAUUCGCAGGUCUCAUCUGAAGAUUGGAUCCAAUUAUUGACUACAAUUGGUAUCAAUUGUCGGCAAAUGAAGAGUCUUGACAUUAAUAGACUAACAUUAAGCAACAUUGUUGUCGGCGAAGAGCCGCUGACCAGCAAUUUAUUACAACCAUUGAGACGAUUAACUCAUUUGUAUUUACUUUAUAUGACGUGA